AACUUGCACACCAGCGUCACAUAUUCCUUCAUCAAAUCCUCUUGGAGUCUUCCAUCACAACACUUCCAUCAUCCUUGACGACCUUAUCUCCGCUAGAUUCAUGACUCCUCCUCCUCCUCCUCAUUUCCACCAGCAGCAUGAUAAUAAAGUAGUAGGAGGAACCUCUGCUUCUGGUUUAGAGGAACUCAUCAUGGGCUGCACUUCAACUUCAACCACUCAUAAUAUCACCAAAGAGGCAUCAAUGACAAACACAAACCCACAAGAAGCUGAGUGGUUGAAGUACUCUUCUUAUUGGGCUGACCCUCAGCCUCAGCCUCAGCCUCAUCUUCAUGGGUAAUAAUAACAGACCCCAUUUGGCAAAGUAAUCAUCCACACUUACGCUUUCCUCUUUUUUUUUUUCUUUUUUUUUUUCAUUAAUGCAAAUAUAUAUAUAAAAGGGCGUGGCUUUUCGAGUCUCAACGGAAAUAACUGCUGCAUGUGUGCACUGUAACGGCACAUACAUCAAGUUGGAAACAAACAACAAAGGAGGGAAGAACAAAUUGAAUCAAAUUCAAGAAAAUGAAAAUAACCGCAAGAAAAUUAAAGCUGCUGUUCUACCUCCUCAUCACACAAAGAAACAGUUUGAUAAUGCAUCAAAAUCAUCACUAUUACCAAUAUAGUAUCUUUUUUUUCUCUCAUUAUUCAUAUUAUUUUAUUAUUUUAAUUAAGAGGUUUGUAUAAUUUCGCUUUUGCUGACUUGCUUCUUUUACACAUUACAUGAAAUAU